AUGAACGGUGUCCGGGCCGGGAAACCUGCCGAAGCUGCGCCAAAGCCGGUAGUAAAGUGCGCACAGUGUGGAGCGACUUUCACCAAACAGUGGAGGCUGAAGGAGCAUGAGACGGCGCACACCGGGGCGCGUCCGUGCGUGUGCGCAAUUGCCGGCUGUGGUCGCAGUUUCUCCAGAAAAGCGCACCUGCGCCGCCACAUGCUGCAGCACAGAGGCCUCAAACAGUUCAAGUGCAAGGUUGCGAGCUGCGCAAAGAGUUUCGUGCACGCAGGGAAGCUGAAGAGACAUGCGCGCUACGCUCAUGGAGACAAAAACCAGUACUUCAAGUGCACGCAGCCCAACUGCUCCUUGACCUUCAGGAAGCGCAGAUUGUUUAAGCUGCACUUGCAGGGACAUGGAGUUUCUGCUGCCUUCAAGUGUUUGAAGGACGGCUGUGACGCCACGUUCGACUCCCACGUCGCCCGGAAAGCCCACGAGAAGAAGCAUGCAGGUUACCGCUGCCCUCAUGCAGACUGUCCGGUGCUGGAGCACACCUGGAGCAGACUUCAGAAGCACAUGGCCAAACACCCAGUUUCCUAUCCGUGCCGAGUGUGCAAGAAGGAGUUUAAGAAGGUGGACUCUCUGCGGCGACACAAACGGACCCACGCCUCCCACAAGCCGGUGCUGGUCUGCCCCAGAGACGACUGCCAGGCCUACUUCUCCACCACCUUCAACCUGCAGCACCACAUUCGCAAAGUUCACCUGGAGCUGCUCAAGCACAAGUGUCCCUUCCCCGACUGCCCCCGCAUGUUCGCCAUGAGGGAGAGUCUGAGCAGACACCUGCUGCGUCACGACCCCAGCGCCGCCAGUCUGAAGAGACGUCAGCGGCCGAAGAAGUUGUGGCAGCGGCGCCUGAACGGACACCAGCUGCCCCUGGUGGAGGAAAACCUGAACCGGCUCUUCGCUUUACGCAUGAGGCUCUCCAGACGGACCAAAGUGGAAACCAACCUGUCGGGCCUCUUCAACGAACGCAAGAUCCCCCACUACGUCGACCCCGAGGUGAACCUGCGCGGCCUGUUCGGCAUCAAGCAGCAGCGUCCAGUAGAGACGGCUGAACCAGUGAAGGUGAACUAAACCCAUCCGGACUGUUUUUCUUUGAUAGUUAAGGGAAAAGAAAAUUGGGUCUUUUUGUUUUUUUUUUCUAAUGUA